GGACCCGGAGAGCGGACGCAUGCGCACAGAAAGCCGCCUCUGCCCACAGCCAAGAUGGCGGCGGAGGCGGCCGGAGUCCUGCACUUCCGGCUUUUGCGGCCUCUCUAUCUUUCCUCGUGGCCCGGCUCUCGAUGGUAGAUUAGGUCACGUGACGGGGGCGGGAGUGGUGGCGCGCUCUCCUCCGCUGCGAGGAAACCAGCGCUCCAGGCCCGGACGCGAGGGGGCUCGGCCUCCGACCCGGGGCGGUGACAUGUCUCUCGAAGACCCGUUUUUUGUAGUUCGAGGCGAGGUGCAGAAGGCGGUGAACACAGCCCGCGGGCUGUACCAGCGCUGGUGUGAGCUCCUGCAGGAGGGCGCCGCGGUCGGACGCGAGGAGCUGGACUGGACGACCAAUGAACUGCGGAAUGGCCUGCGCAGCAUCGAGUGGGACCUCGAAGACCUGGAGGAGACCAUCGGCAUAGUGGAAGCCAACCCAGGCAAAUUCAAGCUCCCGGCUGGGGACCUGCAGGAGAGAAAGGUAUUCGUGGAGCGGAUGCGAGAAGCUGUCCAGGAAAUGAAGGACCAUAUGGUCAGCCCAGCAGCCAUCGCCUUCCUGGAGAGAAAUAAUAGAGAGAUGCUCACAGGCAAGCCCACUGCCCAGAAGCCAUCCAGUGACCUGCUGGAUGCCAGCGUGGUCUCUGUCACCUCUCGCUACAUUGAGGAGCAGCAGGCCACACAGCAGCUGAUCAUGGACCAACAGGAUCAACAGCUGGAAUUGGUGUCUGGGAGCAUCCGGGUUCUGAAACACAUGUCCGGCCGCGUUGGGGAGGAGCUGGAUGAGCAGGCAUGCUGGACACCUUUGCUCAUGAGAUGGACCUCACCCAGUCCCGGAUGGAUGGGGUCCUCAGGAAGAUGGCCAAAGUGUCCCAUAUGACAAGUGACCGCCGACAGUGGUGUGCAAUUGUGGUGCUGUUGGGGGUGCUUCUCCUGGUUCUCAUCCUGCUCUUCUCUCUCUGAUCCUGGCUCUCCCAGGGGGCUGAUCCCUCCAGCUGGGGGAGCUGGUAGGGCACUGCCCCCUGGGAGGAGGGUGUCAUGUCUGGGGAGCUGUCCCAAGGCUCUCACCGAGAGCCAGUGGAACCCUCGGGGCCCUUGGUUGGAGCCCCUACCACUGGUUCUUUCUCAAGUGCACUUAGGGGAUGGUGGAGGUAGGGGGACCUCAGACACACCCUGUCCCAUUUCUAUUUCCAGUGUCCCAAAGUCAUUUAUUCACCCUGUGCCUUCUACGUGUGCCAACUUGGAAAUAAAAUCCCAGCCUUUUUUAUACAUAUGUAGAUCAUAUGGUAUGUUGACUCUAAACUUGUGGCUGCUUCCUGAAACUCUAAACCUCGUUUGCACGCACAGGUGUGCAUGUGUGUACGCAUGUGUGCAUGUUCAGGAUUUCAGUGGCCAGUAUUAGGUGCAGAAAAGACUAUUCUGGUUAAUUUCUUGGUUUUCAUGAUGGAUUUUAUUGCCCCUGAAAAUUUUAAACCAUGAGUCUUUCUUGAGCGCUUGAAGUUCAACCUAAACAUCUUUUGCCUGUUCUGAACCCAAAGUUGGUAGAUGCCUUAGCCACGGAGCUGAGAGGUCAUUCUGAGGUGCCUCCGAGUAACACUGGGCUCCCCUGCACACCUGGCUUCUAGUUCCCUCUGUGAAGCCACUCUAACACGGCAGUGUAUGUACAUGUAAGGGCUUUGCAUGGAGCCUUCCUCCCAAGUAUGAAAUGAUACGUAUGUAAGCUGGGUAAACUUGUAAGUGCUGUGAACCUUAGAUAUCAGAUGUUUCCAUCCCCCACAUUAUUCAGGCGUGGGAACCACGAAUCUCUCCCUCACAUACACGUCCUAGAGUGCUCCAUGUUACGAGGAUGUUAUUCUAUCAGGCCAGUUUGUCAAAAAAGAACCCAGCAUGUACAGACUCCUUUUUUAUGUGGUUUGAGUUCUCUUAGCCCAUUCCGUACUCAGUUCUAGGUCUUCCUGGUGAUAAAAGGUGUGCUUCUGGGAGUCAGGUGGGCAGCAUUAGCUCUGAAUGUUUGUUGGCAAUGCUGUUGGUCCCCCAAACCCCUUGACAGCUGAUGUCGGACUUCAAGACUCCAAAUGGGCUGGCCUUUCUGAGACAUACCCAAGCCAUCCUGUGACUGUAGUAUAGUUGACCUCUGAACAACACAGGUUUAAUCUGUGCAGGCCCAUUUAUAUGCAGACUUUAAAAAUAAAUACUAUAAAUGUAUAUUCUUUAUAAUUUUCUUAACCUUGUUUGUUGCCUAUUGUAUAAUGAUACAUUAUAUGGUACAUAUAUAAAAUAUGUGCUAUUGACUCUUUUCAGGUCAACAGUAGGCUUAGUAAAAUUUUGGGGGUGGCAGAUAUACAUGGACUUUUGACUGCCAGUGUCAACCUGAACCUUAUCAGUCACCCCCAUAGACAUCAUUCACUUGCGUCUGGGUGGAAGGAGCUGGCCUGGAGUCUCCUUGUCCACCUCCCAGCAGAUUUUUGUUGACCAAUGGGAUCCCUCAGAUUACUAAGCUUCCCAGGCUGCUUGAAAUGACUGAAUAAAUGGGAUCCCAAGGCACUUACAUGUCUUUAUUUGGCUCCAUAGAACUUUUGUCAUUCCAUAUCCUCAGGACUCUACAUUUCAGCUUUUGUGUAGACUCAGAAUGGAGGGAGGGGUGUGUCUAGGAUGUGUGAUGUCGGACCACAGGGCAGCUAGAGGGCCGGUAGCCCAUUCAAGGGAGCCGCUACUAGCUUUGGAGGGACUCCCGUGGGAUGCCCAUGCAGGGGCCAUGUGUGCAGGAACAGCCUUGGGAAGUGUUGAGUCUACACAUGGGGUAAGUGGAACCCAUUGGUGGCCUGGGUCUGUACUGUCACCAUCUGAAAAGAACAUGCUACCCCUCCCCCUCACAUGAUGGAUGUUAUGACAUUUGGCAUGGCCACACAGCAUGACCAUGCUGUGUUUGUCAGUGAGUGUCCUGGGCAGUGGGUGUUGCUCUGCAGAAUGGGGACCCCAGUGUGUAGCAUCUCUUCGCAGCCACUCCAACCCCACUGCCCCCAGUGAGUAGCAUGCUGCAGGGCUGUUACAAAGGCGUUAGGUUUAUUCCCAUCAGUGUCACUGAUGGCCUCAUGUUCACAUUUCCCAGUGCGCUCCUCUCCUUACAGUAGUUAAUGUGCAAUCUCACUUACAGGCUGGGGUGGGGUGGGGGCUCAGCCCAGAGAAGGGCAGGUGUUGGCACUCCACGUGGACACAGCAGCUGGCCUGUCCUACAGGAACAGGCUGCCAGAGGCCUCCAGUCUUUUCUGCGUUGGUGAGUCUCCGUUCAUGCUCCUUCCUGGCUGCCCAGGUGGGGGUGGGAACCAUGCAGCUCAGAGCAGGGCUGGGAGGAGGGGAAGGAGAGGGAAGGAAAAGCAGCAGGCCACCUGAAAGGGCAGGGUGGAUGGGCACAGGGGUGGCUCCUGGGGUAAGGCACAACCCUGUCUUUGGCUCUCCUGGUGAGGAAUAUCCCCCCCCCCCCCCCUCAACCCCUCUCCCUCACCAACACACAGUUCCCUGGAGCCAGGGGCACCUCCUGGGGUCCCUGAAACAAGGGGUUCUGCCACCCAACCCAGUGCUGCAGGGGUAUGAAGGACGGGGGUAAGCCCUGCCUGAGUACAAGGCAGGGAGGGGGCUAGGCAGGGAUCUGCCCAGAAAAAAUGGUGGGGAGGGAGAGGACACCAGUCCCAGGAGCUGGCCCCCAGCUAAGGCCUGGAAGGGGGGAGUACCUGGAGACUCCUGCUUCCUUUGGGGGCUGGCUGGAACCCCAGCCCACCCCUCUCUGGCCCCUGGAGCCCACCAAGUGACUGGGAUAUUGUGCUUUGGGAUGACGCUGGGGUAGAGUGUCAAGGCCAGGAUGAGGGGCAGGGGAGGUGCGACUAAGGUGCUUGUGCUUUAGCUGGGGGUGUCAACUCCCCCCUCAUACACUUGCCUCCACCCCCACACACACAUACUCAGGCCAGAAAGAGUGCCAGGAUCACAGCCAGACCGGACACCUCCAACUCCACAAACAGGUGCUGGAGGGACCCCCUUCCCACAGGCUGGUAGAGGCAACAGGGUGGGGGAUGUGGCCUCCAAGUCAGAUUCCAAGGGUUCAUUGGAAUAGCCCCACCCAUCCCUAGCAGGCUCCUGCCUCUGGAAGCUGUGGGCUGUCAGACUCAGGAAGAGACCAGAAGUGAGAAAGAGGUGAGGCGAAAGGCAAGGAAAAAGCGAGACAAAAAAUGUCAAAUGACACCCAGCAGCACAGGGGGAUGGGGAGCAAAAACAAAAACAAAAUAACCCUCUGGUUCACAUGUAAAACUAAAA